CAGUGCCGGGAGGGGGAGGAUGAAGAUGCCGGUGUCCCUGGUGCUGGUGCUGGUGCUGGCGGUGGUCGCCCACUUUCUCGCCCCGAGUGAAGCCAAGUGGCGGGAGAGGGGCGGUAGGGAGCGGCCCUCCGCCGGGAGGUGCCGGGAUGGCAGCGCCCCGCGCCGCCUGAGGAAGAGGGACAGAAGGCUGUCGGCACCGGACGCCCCCGGCGCUGCCUGUCACCAGCUCUACAGCCGCCUGUCCUGCUGCCCCCGGGCCAGGCACUCCCAGCAGCUCCCCCAGCCCGAGAUAUUUUCUGUUACAAACAACACAGAAUGUGCAAAGCUGCUGGAGGAAAUCAACUGCGCCCAGUGUUCGCCACAUGCUCAGAAUUUAUUUCAUCUACCUGACCUGGAAGGAACAUUGGACAGUGAGCUCGUUCUUCCCUUGUUGUGCAGAGAUUAUUGCAAACAGCUCUACUUUGCCUGCAGAGGCCACAUAGCAGGUUUACUCACAGCAGAUGAGUUCUGUAACCUAUAUACAGCAAAGGAUGGUCAGAUGUGCUUCCCAGACUCACCCAGAAAGCAAGUGCAGGGACCAGAUUCCAACUCUUUGGACCAGAUGGACAAAUACCACGAAAGGGAACAGCUCAACAGAAAACACAAAAAGAAUUGUUACUGCCUUCACAAAGUGGUUGGUGGACUCAGGGAGCCGACUGGAGUAGUGCAUUGUGGAGAUGAAUCACAGAGACUCUUCAUCUUGGAAAAGGAAGGUUUUGUGAAGAUUUUCACUCCCGAUGGAGAACUAUUGAAGGAGCCAUUCCUCAACAUCCACAAGCAUGUCCAGAGCGGAAUAAAGGGUGGAGAUGAAAGAGGACUGUUAAGCCUUGCAUUCCAUCCCAAGUACAAGAGAAAUGGAAAGCUCUAUGUGUCUUAUACCAGCAAUCAAGAACCAUGGGCCAUUGGACCUCACGAUCACAUUCUUAGAGUGGUCGAGUACACAGUUUCCAGGAAAAAUGCAAAUCAAGUGGAUACGAGAACAGCAAAGGUAUUGAUUGAAGUGGCAGAGUUACACAGAAAGCACUUGGGUGGACAACUGUUGUUUGGGCCCGAUGGUUUCUUGUACAUCUUCCUCGGUGAUGGAAUGAUUACCCUGGAUGAUAUGGAAGAGAUGGAUGGGUUAAGUGAUUUUACAGGCUCCAUACUUCGAAUUGAUGUAGAUACUGACUCCUGUAGUGCACCUUAUGCAAUCCCCCGAAGUAAUCCUUACUUUAAUAGUACCAAUCAACCACCUGAAAUAUUUGCACAUGGACUUCAUAAUCCAGGCAGGUGCGCAGUGGAUCAGUAUCUCAUAGACUCUAAUGGCAAUCUGACUAUACUUUGUUCGGAGUCAAAUACUCUAAAUAAAUCCUCAGGAAGAAUAAUCAAGAUAACAAGGGGAAAAGACUAUGAAAAGGAAUCUCCAGUGGUUAAGUUUAAAUCUUCUGGUCACAGUCCUUUAGUGGGUGGCUUUAUAUACAGAGGAUGCCAAUCAAGAAGGCUCUUUGGAAAUUACAUCUUUGGAGACCGAAAUGGACAACUGAUGAGCCUCCAACAAAACCCUUUAAACAAACAGUGGCAAGAAAGAGCCUUGUGCCUCAGCAGCAGCGCCAUGUGCAGGAACUCACUUACUGGUCAAAUCUGGGGAAGUGUUUUAGCAUUUGGAGAAGAUGAACUAGGUGAGGUCUACAUAUUGGCGAGCAUUAAGAGCAGGACUCAAUCACCCAGUGGGAAGCUCUACAAACUGAUUGACCCCAAAAGACCUUUAUUCCCAGAAGAAUGUAAGAGACCAGUGCAGCCUCCACAGCCAGUAUCAUCAGACUGCUCACGCCAAUGUAGGAAUGGGCAUUGCACUCCUACAGGAAAAUGUUGCUGUACUCCAGGCUGGGAAGGAGAGUUCUGUAGAGUGGCAAAGUGUGACCCUGUAUGCCGGCACGGAGGUGUGUGCGUGAGACCCAACAAAUGUUUGUGUAAAGAAAGCUACACAGGAGCGCAGUGUGAGCAAGUUGAUAGAAACAUUCGAAGAGUGCCAAGGGCAGCAGUCUGCCAGCAGCCCAGAAAGAAUGGGAACUGCAACUCUCCUACAUGGCAAUGGUUCUUUAAUGCGGAGGGCAGACAGUGUGAACAGUUUCUCUAUAGUGGCUGCCAGGGGAACAAGAACAGAUUCAACACGCGAGAGGAGUGUGAGCAGACAUGCUUACCAAGAAGCAAAGAAGCCACAGAACUGAUGCAGCAGGUGGAUAAAUGAACUCUCGAGAAGCCACGUUUCAGUUUGUUCCACACUGAGGAACAGAACAAAUACCCUUCAAGAUAAUUUUUACUUUUUGAUGUAUAUUUUACAUGAGACUAAAAGAUUUUUUUUUAAAAAACUCAAAGAUGGGAAAA